UUCCCGGCAGCCCCCGCGGGUUAAGAUGGCGGCGGGGAGCGGCCCCGGGGCUCGGGAGCUCUUUGCUGAGGGGCUGCUGCAGUUCCUGCGGCCCGCCGUGCGACAGCUCGACCGCCACGUCCACAGCGUCAGGGAGAGCCAGGUGGAGCUGCGGGAGCACAUCGACAGCCUGGCCACAGAGCUCUGCCGCAUCAACGAGGACCAGAAAGUGGCUCUGGACCUCGACCCCUACGUGAAGAAGCUGCUGAACGCCCGGCGCCGCGUGGUGCUGGUCAACAACAUCCUGCAGAACGCCCAGGAGCGGCUGAGGAGGCUGAACCACAGCGUGGCCAAGGAGACGGUGAGGAGGAGAGCAAUGCUGGAGGCUGGCGGCUACCAGGGCAAGUGAGCGGGUGACCAGGCAGGGGAUGGAGCAGGAAUUCCUGUUGAUCCCAGCUCAGGAAUUGAGGGGAUGUCCCCCCAUCACCUGCAGCUGAGGGACCUGGGACGCUCGGAGCCGUGAUCCCGGAUUUGGGGGCGCUGGAAUAAAAGUGACUGAGAGU